GCUGGAGGACAGAGUGCGAAAAGGAAUAAGCAGAGUUAGAAGCAGGACAAAAGAAGUUAUAGAGCGCUAAAUAUAUACAUGUUUUUGAAGGCGUGUAGAGGGGACAAAAUCACACCCGUGAAUGUAGAAGGACUUGACUGUGUAGUUAUGGAGCCCCCUUUAAGCAAAAGGAAUCCAGCGCUGCGACUAGCGGAUUUGGCAGCGUCUCAAGCCCAUCCUCAUCAUCAGAGCAUGACAGGAUUCCCAGGGCUGGGGGGACACCAUGCGCACUCCCACCAUGGUCACCUCCACCCUGGGGAGUUAGGCAGCGAUCCCGCCGUUGCUCUCAGCCCCUUCGGACCUGAACACAUGACCCAGGGCAAUGCUCUUAAACUCAGUCCAUCGCAGCCUUUAGCAGCUCACGCCGAAGCUUUCGCCUCCGGCCCGGGCUCUGUCCCCUACCCAGUAGCAGCCUCUCACUCGGGUUACUCAUCUGGUCGGGACUUCCUUCUGCGUAGAGAACUCGCCCCCGCCGCUAUGCAUGCCCUGGCUGAACAACAACAACAGCAACAUCAAGCAGCCUCAGGUUCCCCCCACCAUACCAGUAUGUUCAUAUCAUCGGCAGGCACCUAUGGACAUUCUGAUGCGGGUAUCUUCAGUGGACUUCACGAUUCAGCAACUGGCGCCCACCACCCUCUCAACGGACAGAUGCGGCUAGGACUAGCAGGUGAGCUGUACGGGCGAUCGGAACCCUUCAGCCACAGGUCAACAGCGGCAGAGCAGUAUGGCCCCUCUGCUCUCCAUAGUUACAACUCUAUGAACCUUAAUGUUAACCUUGCGGCUGCAGCUGCAGCUGCUGCAGCUCACCACCAUGGAGCAGCAGGGGCCUUUUUGAGGUACAUGCGGCAACCCAUCAAGCAAGAGUUAAUCUGCAAAUGGAUUGAGCCAGACGAGGAGGAGAGCGCCCCCGCCAAGAAGCAGCCCUGUUCCAAAACUUUCAGUACCAUGCAUGAGCUGGUGAACCACGUCACGGUGGAGCAUGUCGGUGGCCCCGAACAGAGCCAUCACAUCUGCUUUUGGGAAGAAUGCCCUCGAGAAGGCAAACCGUUCAAAGCUAAAUACAAACUGGUUAAUCAUAUCCGAGUUCACACGGGAGAAAAACCAUUUCCUUGUCCCUUUCCAGGCUGUGGUAAAGUAUUUGCACGAUCGGAAAACUUGAAGAUCCAUAAAAGAACUCACACAGGAGAAAAGCCUUUUAAAUGCGAGUUUGAUGGCUGUGACAGGAAGUUUGCCAAUAGCAGUGACAGAAAGAAGCAUUCCCAUGUUCACACAAGUGAUAAGCCUUACAACUGUAAAGUGAGAGGAUGUGACAAAUCUUAUACACAUCCCAGCUCCUUGAGAAAACACAUGAAGAUUCAUUGCAAGUCCCCACCACAUUCUGUUAAUUUAAGCUCUGCCUACCAAACAUCAACUGCUUCUCUAGGACCACCUAUGUCACCCGUUCCAGACUCCGUUAGGGGCAGAUCCACAAGCCUGUCCCCGCAGGUUACAAAUCUAAAUGAGUGGUACGUUUGUCAGGGCAGUGUGGCUCCCAACAGCAUGCACACACCUUCCAGUAAUCCAAGCUCGUCUGAAUCAGAAGAUGAUGAACCUUACAGGAACUCUGAAACAAGGACUAUGCACCAGCAUUGAUAUUUGCCAUAUGGACAUCGUACUAGACGAACAAGGACAGCGACCUGCCACACACAAAUGAUUAUUGUGUAGAAAAUGUGUCUCCGUCCUGGUGGCCUUUAACCUAUUAACCAGUUUCUGAAAACUCUCUCUCUCUCUCUCUCUCUCUCUCUCUCUCUCUACACACACACACACACACACACACACACACACACGCACACACACACACAAUGUGCGUGUGUACGUCACGUUUGCUUGUAUUGUGAAAAGAAUUGUGUGGAGUUUGAACUAAAUGUGUCCAGACAAAUUUGAGUUAUUUUGUUUCCUAUUCUUAACCUUGGGGGAAAAAAAGAAUAUUAGAACAUUAUGGUUUUAUUUAAAUACUCCAAACAAGACACUGAAGCCAGUUUUAAGUCUGUGCUAACCUCCCAAGAAACAUUUGAUUGCUGUUUCUGUUUUGCUGCUGGUUGUGAUGUCACGUAGUAUAUCGGUACGCUAAGCGCUUAGGCCUUUUUAACAUUAUCAAUCCAAAAGCAGAUUUUACCUUGUUUUGUGUGGUAUAAUGCACAUCUAAUGGUUUUAAGUGUCACAGUAUCUCUUUUGAUGGUGAGUAAGCUGCAGAAAGAUACCGACCAGUAUGUCUAUCCCAAGCCAAGCUGUAUGUUAGGAGUGCUAAUGAAUGAAUUAUCUUUUUUGUACCAUUAGAUGGCUUUAUAGUUGUUUAAACUAAAAUGAGACGAGAAAGCCGAAGGCCCUUCACAGAACUGAAACACACGUACAUCCUUAUGCAUGCCAGUUCAGUUGUGUAAUUAUGAUGUACAAGUAUACCUCUCAACUUCUUUGCUUAAGAAUUCUGGACAACGCCAAAAAUAAUUGAGGGCAAAAGCCCCAAACAGUGACAAUGUUAAUUAUUACUCUAAGUCACUUAAAAGUGAGUAGAACAACAGGUUUUGCAUCAACACGCAUUUUCCGAACAAUAAGAAGUAUGAAAUUCUAACAUCUGGCAUUAUUGUCUGGUUGUUAUUCUCAGUGAUUUGGCAGACAUUCAAACAUUUUACAAGGAAAAUGGCACACAGUAAGAGGCAAACUCAAAGAUAUUCUGAAACAUUCUGGAGAGUUGAGAGGCAUGUGCAUAGGUAUUAAACAAAACAAACACACGACACAUUCAUGCAAACAAUUGCGCUUGAGACUGACCUUUUUUCCCUUAAAGCACACAAGUCAUAUUAAUGUAAAGUGUUUGUUAUAUAAAGUUAACUAGCAUAUUUAACUCUCUCUUGCACACACACACACACACACACACACACACACACACACACACUGCAGUUUGUGACUUCUACAUUGUGUAUAUAUACACUGCAAAAUAUUUAUAAACCUAUUCACCAAGAGCAGUUAUUUGUGCAAAAGGAACAUUCUACUUAAGACACCUUUUACACGAACCCCCGCCCUGGUCACACACCGAGCCAGGAACACCAGCAUUCUGAGUUGUAGUGGAACUAAUUCUGGUUGUAAAAUCUGAACGUUUACAGUGAACCACCAGCGUAGUUUUAAGGGAACAUUCCCAGAGGAAUUAAAAUACUUACUUUGUUUCCUAGAGAUUGUUGGGGUUUUUAUACACUUGAUAUCCAAUACACGUUUUAGUAGUUGCAGUGUAAAAAGUGCCUCUAAAGUCUUUAAUGUUGUCUAGGCAAUGAGGUACCUUCAGGAAAAACAGAAACAGUAGUACAGUUUCAGGAAGGACAUCCUGAUUUAUUCAAAUUAUGUGCACCGGUGACAUAUACUAUGUAUGACUUCCCUGAAUCGGGGUUGGUAAAUAGUACUGCCUGUGUAAACUGAGAUUUGGUGUUUUAAAAAUAAUUAUUAUGAUACCUGAAAAUCAGUGUCUUUACCAACUCAGUUCAACACAUUGCCUUCGGUAACAGUCCUGCACAGCCAGACAAAAGUAAGGGUGAACCACGACAACAAAAGUAUAUGUGAGUGUCUGUAUUUGUAAUUCAUUUACACAACUUACAAAAUCAUCCACUUAUUUGAGAUGUACUACUUUUUAAUCACAAAUGACAUUUUUUUCAGCUCGAAGAGCUCUUUGGGUCUAGUCUGGAUAUAAAUUAUAUAACUCAUGCACGCAAUCCAUUUUAAAACAAAGGUUAUCCUUAGACAUGAUUUUGGUAAUCACAGGGGAACAGUCAGAUGCUCUGAUCCUUAACGCGGUUCCAGAUCAUUUAUAAAUAAUGGUUCUGAUCAGUUGAAGGGCUAUUGAAAACCCUGGUUCUGCUUGAGUCAAAUGUGAGUUUUUAAUUUUCGCCAUAAUUUUGUAGAUUGUAAUCAGACUUAAUAAAUAUGUAAAAAGGCUUAUACCGUUAAAUCCUUGAUAAGACAGCUUUAUUCCUGUAUUUCUUAUCAUGUAGAUAUUUAACAACUUAUUUUAGCAACGCAUUUUGACAGGAUGCUUUCUGUUACUGCAAGUGAAUUAAAAGAAAAACAGAAAACCUUAAUCUUAGAGGUUUUAACUAGCAAAUAUUUUGUUAAAAUGCACCUAAAUUAUGGGGAAAUAAAGCUUUCCUAAAUAUACCAGUGCAGUUAGAAAUAAAAGCAGCACCAUAACCCAACAGAAAGAUAGGCUAGGGAACGAAAAGUGCCGUAAGCUUAAAUAUGUAAAAUUCUACAUUAUGUUGUUAUAUCAUGAAUGAACUGGGUAUUUAUUAUUUUAAUACUUGUAAAAUGUGGCUUAAAGGGCAACAUGCUCAGAAGAGUGUUGCCUACUCAUUAUUUUGCGUAUAACUGUUUGGUUUAAGUUCUGACACAGACUGAAGAGCACUGAUGUUUUUUAUAAGAGGUCCGGAAGACCUGUAAUGACAGGUUCUUCCCUCCAGGGUUUAUAUAUGUAUAUAUACAUAUAUAUAUAUAUAUAUUUGUGGUACGUGCUGUGACUUGUGUAGAAUGGUUAUUGUCGUUAUGUAUGUGAAUAAUAUUAUUUUGUAAAUUUUAUUUAUUUCUGGCAUUAUUGUUUUACAAGAAGAAUACAGAUACACCAAAGAAUUAUAAUAUUAUAUUUGGUGAAAGACUGUGAUGUUUAUAAUUUUAUUUGUUACAAAAUCUAUUUUUCUGCUGACUUGAAUACACACUGUAAUGCGAAUUAUAUGCAUAUGCGAAUACAUGCGUUACUAAUUGUGUUGGUGUCUAUGUGCGUAGACACUUGUGCACAGACAUAUUGUAUGUAUGUAUGUAUAUAACACACACACACACACACACACACACACACACAC